AUGACGACUUCGGAUGGUUGGCUCUUCCUUUCGUCCUUCAUUGUCACGUACAACUUCACCGCUAUGCAGAAGGCCUUUACAAAUAUUGGUCUCACUGCUGGAUUCUACGGAGGCAAAGCUGUGGUGUUCUUACCACUCAAUUGCAAGCCCGAUGCUAAUCGCAGUUUUAGCAUUGCUUUCUUGGGCUGGUUCUAUCAAUUGAUUUUUAUGCCAGAAACCAAGGACAAGACCCUCGAGGAGAUCGAUCUCAUCUUCUCGCAACCCACCAGCAAGCUCGUGGCCCAAAACUGGAAGAACGUCAAGGAAACCACCAACGAUCUUCUCCGCUUCAGACUCAAGAAGGUCUUUAUCGAUGCACACAACGCUCCUGCCGUCGACUUCUCGCAAGGAAAGCACGAGCUUGGUCACCAGGCCUAA